AUGUUGGAAACGAGAAAGAAAACGUAUUCGAGACGAAGCGUCAUCGCUGCAAAACCUACUACUACGGCUGCGAGGACGACGAGGAGGACCGAGGAUGACGACGACGACGUGAACGUCGUUUCUGAAACGAUGAGAAAGAGAAGAGGGAGAAGAACUCACGAGGAAGAAGAUUCUCGCGAUGCGUUACCGUUACCGAGUGGAAAGAAGCACAAGAAGCGCGAGGAGGAGGAGAAGACGAAGAAGGAGACGAAAGGAAAGAAGAGAGUGGUGCUCGCGCUCUUUUUACUCUACUCAUCCGUGGGAAUGAUCCUCGUAAUUUCCUAUCUUCGUUUGCUCAUCGUUCCAGACGCGGUGAGAACGAAAGCGAUGGAACACGCGGAGUUCCUCUUCCCGUCCUGGAUGGGAGUGAACGAGACGUUCUUGAACCUCCUCCCGGCGCUGAAUCCAGACGUUUUGAACUCAGAUUCGUAUUACAACGCGACGGAACAUUUAAUCGCGGCGAGGCAAGUUUCGGAUAUGUUGAACGCCAAACCGAAACAUCCGGUGGUUAUCGUGCCGGGGUUCGUAAACACCGGGUUGGAGCUGUGGAAAUCAAAGCCGUGCAUAGCGAAAAGGACGCAGUUUAGACAGCGGAUGUGGGGGACGCCGGCGAUGGCGAAGGCGUUUUUUUAUAACAGGACGUGUUGGUUGGAACACAUGGGAUUGGACGCGAGGACGGGGGAAGAUCCAGACGGAAUCGUCUUGAGACCGGUCGAGGGAAUCGAUAGCGUCGAUUGGUUCAUGCCGGGGUACUUCGUUUGGGGACGGAUGAUUGAAGCGUUGGGCGAGAUUGGAUACACCGGGAGUAACAUUCACGCGCACUCGUACGAUUGGCGAUUGAGCCCGGAGCAGUUGGAAAAACGAGACGGCUAUUUCACAAAGUUGAAGAAGCAAAUCGAAGGCAUGCGAGAGACGAACCCGGGAGAAGAGAAAAUCGCGUUGUUGGCGCACUCGUACGGCGAUACUUUAUCGCGAUAUUUUUUAGAGUGGGUUGAAUCUCCGAAAGGGGGGAAAGGUGGCGCGAAUUGGGUGAGCGAUAACAUAGCCACGUACGUGAACAUUGCUGGACCAACUCUGGGGAUGCCGAAAUCGGUCUCCGCGUUACUUUCCGGCGAAAUGCGCGAUACCGCGGUGUUGAACGAGCUCGAGAUGACGUUAGGUCCGAUGAUUAACACGUUCGUGGAAAAACUGAUAGGAUCUUUGGAGGAAAUCACGUUAGUCUUUCGGAGUUGGUCGAGUUUGUGGUCGAUGUUGCCUAUAGGCGGGGAUGAGGUUUGGGGCGGUUCUGAAAUAGCAGCGUCGUCGUCGACGACGAGCGACCCAGAGGAAGUGAUCGACGAAACUCCUUUAUCCGCGGACGUUGCCGACGCGAACUUCUUAACCAUACGCGAAUUCAAAAACCAACGCGAGAAGAAGAAAUGGAAAAAACAGCAAAAAGAAGCGUCUGCCACGCUCACUGGAUUAUCCAUGGAUAAUUCUUUACACUUUCUCCACGAUUUGGCGAAACAAACGACGCCGGCAAACGCGGAAACGUCGUUUAAGAAGCGAACGAAAGAUAAAUGGUACGGGCACCCGUUACGUUCGAAACUUCCGAACGCGCCAAAAAUGAAAAUCUUCUGUUUAUACGGCGUCGGCAAAUCCACCGAACGCUCUUACAGGUACACGAAAGACGGUUUCGGCGAACAUCUCGGCGGCGGCGGUUCCGACGAGGGGAACGUACGCCGCCACCAUCACCGCACCGCGUCGACAUCUCUCACCGCGAACGCCUCCGUCGUCGCCAAACAAUACAAACUCGACGUCGAAUCCGACCCUUCGCAACUGGAAUGGCAAAAAGGCACGCUCUCCGUCGACGGCGACGGCUCCAUCCCGCUCGUCUCCUUAGGCUACGCCUGCGCCUCCCCUUGGCGCGCGAAAACCCAAAACCCGUCCUCCAUCCCAAUCAAAAUUCGCGAAUACGCGCAUCUUCCGAAAACGCUCAUGGAAGGUGGAUUUCAAGGCAUCUCCGAGGGCGAACACGUAAACAUCAUGGGUAACGUCGAUAUGAUUCGUGACGUGUUGAAAAUUGUCACCGGUCACGGCGACGCUGUCGAGGAAAGAAUCUCGAGCGAUUUACCCGCCAUCGUUCGAAAGGUCGACGAAAACCGAUUGAAAAGUACUAAAAGGGGAGGAGGAAGAAGACUUCAUCGCAACAAAGCGGGGUUUUGA